AGCUACUAUUACAGGCGGACCUAAGACAAAAUACUCCUAUCUCCACACCUAUUGUUGCCCAUAAGCCCUUAGGGAUCCAAUUCUGUCCUCAACACACAGCAAUCGAACUUCAAAGAGCUCAAAAUCUGCAACCCAAUGGAUUCUGAAGUCUCCAAUGUACACCCAAAUCGGCGCAAACGCAGAAAACGAGCUCAAGACUGUUCAAACUUGACAAUUCCUAUUCUGCCAGCAGAACUCAUCAUUGAAAUCCUCUCAAGACUUCCAGUGAAAUCCCUCUUGAAAUUCUGGUCUAUAUCGAAAUCUUGGCUGGCUUUAAUAUCUAGCCCAGAAUUUAUAUACAAGACUUUGCCUGUUUUUAGACCAAUAUACGGUAACAUAUAUGGUUUAGGAUAUGGUGAGCUCCAUGAUGAUUAUAAGGUAGUGGGUAUUUCUCGUAAGUAUAAUAAGGAAGGUUCACGUGACAUUGAGGUCAAAGUAUAUAGUCUAAAGAGUGAUUCUUGGACCAGUGUUGAUGCUUGUGGGGAGAUAUUAAAUGGCUCUUGUAGAAAAAUGAUAUUAAAUAGUUCAGGUUUGUUUACGAAUGGGAAACUUCAUUGGCAAACUAUUAUUGCUGGUCCUAAUUUCAGUAAUGCACGUAAAGGCAGAGACAUUAUUUCUUUUGAUUUAACGAAUGAGAAAUGGGAAAAGAUGGAGAAGCCCUCCUAUGGAUUAUUACAAGGGAUUAGUGCUUGGGUUAUGAAGGAGUACGGGGUUAAAGAAUCUUGGAUGAAGAUGUUUACCAUAAGGUAUCCAAAUGAUCGAAAAUUGUAUCCACCACCCUUUUUCAUGCCAAAUAAAGGUGAAAUAUUGGGGGUGUUCGGAUCAACUUUCAUGAUAUACAAUUCAAAAGAUGACUCACUCAGAUAUCUAGAUGUUAUUAACUAUGAUAUCUGUCAUGAUAGGGCAAUUUACAUUGAAAGCCUAGUUUGUCCAUUUUCAACUGAAGGCACAGAGAACACGACAAAAGGAAGGCUGAAAAAGCAUAAACCAAGACAAUCGAGUAACAAAUAACUUGUAAGAGUACUUCCUUCUCAAGUGCUUUCAUAUUCUAUUUGUUAUUGCAAACAUAGAACAAAAAGCACAUGUGAAGGAUAUCUUUAAACUACUUUUUCUUCUGAACUAGUUUUGUUGUUCUUUUUGUUAGCCGGAAAAUAUAUAUUUUCUUUAGGACUAACUUCUCAUUCUUUUGUUUGUGGUGUUUUGGGACGUGUGUCAUUUUUAAUAGCUAGUUUAAAGUAUUA